ACGUUCAAGUGAACUGAACGCACCUCUGUGAGAGAACGGAACCGGAGGAAAAAAGUAUCCACGUAUAUCGAACGCUUCCAGUGAGGGACAAUUACACGGAUAUUGCCAUUUCAAUUCAAGCUUUUAAAGGGAAUACACAUUCGAUUUUCUUAAAGAAAAUAACGGAAUUCAUAGUGGCGGGGUAAGUGUAAAUCCUAUUCACAGGACCCAUUUGUUCAAGGAAGGGAAGAAAAUGGAGUUGGAAGACGGAGUAGUGUACCAGGACGACCCGGGGACAUCGGCUAUGAUGUCGGAGCGGGUAUCGGGCCUGGCCAACUCCAUCUACCGCGAGUUCGAGAAACUGAUAGGAAAAUAUGACGAAGAUGUGGUGAAAGAACUGAUGCCGCUCGUCGUGGCUGUGCUGGAGAACCUGGAUUCGGUGUUCGCGGAAAACCAGGAACAUGAAGUGGAACUAGAACUGUUAAAGGAGGACAACGAACAGCUCAUCACGCAGUAUGAACGGGAGAAAGCGCUGAGGAAACACGCAGAGGAGAAGUUCAUGGAGUUUGAGGACAGUCAGGAGCAGGAGAAGAAGGACCUUCAGAACCAUGUGGGCAGAAUGGAGUCCCACUCCCGCCAGCUGGAACUCAAGAUCAAGAACUACGCAGACCAAAUCGGCAGGAUGGAAGAGCGAGAGUCUGAGCUGAAGAAGGAGUUCAACUCACUCCAUCAAAGACACACAGAGAUGAUCCAUAACUACAUGGAGCAUGUAGAGAGGAUCAAGCUCCACCAUAUGAGUGUAGUAGAGACUUCAGACUCUGGAACGGUGGGCAGAGUCAGGAAAGAGCGUCCCAUGUCUCUGGGUGUCUUCCCCAUGUCAGGAGGGGGGUCAGUUCUGACCCCUGACCUCCAGGCCAGGUCUGAGACGCCGGGCGCAGAGGCCUGGAGAUUCAACGACCUGGAACAUCCGCGCUCCAAUGCCAGCCUCAAGCAGUUGGAUGCAGACGACCCCCCAAAGAAAAGGGAUGGUUACAGUACGCUGCAGAUCUCUUGGGGGAAUUCACUCCCAGACGACUGCAAGGACGAACUGUCGGACCUCGGCUCGAAGUCGAUCACUCCCAUGUCCACCACGGCUUCGGACGUCGCCAUGGAAGGGGAGGGGCGAAACAGUAAGAGCAUGGAGUUGCUGGCGGCACUGGGGAACAGGUCAAUAUCAGUGGGUGUGCCAGAGAACGAGGAUAGCUCAGAUGUGCAUGACAUCAUUGAGUCCACCCCUGAACUGGACAUGGACCUCAGUGGAUACAAAGCAUCCAGCACCCCGACCAAAGGAGGCAUUGGCAUUGAGAACCUGGCGUUUGACCGCAACACAGACUCUCUGUUUGCGGAGCUGUCGUCUGCAGGCAUAGGGGACGUCAUCGGAGACGUGGACGAGGGGGCGGACCUGCUGGUGGAGUACUCUGGUAUGGGUCGUGAGGUUGAGAACCUGAUCACGGAGAACACACAACUAAUGGAGACAAAGAACGCUCUGAAUGUGGUGAAGAAUGACCUGAUAGCGCGGGUGGAUGAGCUGUCGUGUGAGAAGGAAGUGUUGCAGGGGGAACUAGACGCCGUGACACAGACCAGGAAAAACCUGGAGGAGAAGAACAGAGAGCUGGAGGAGGAGCUCAAGAAAGUGCGUGUGGAGAUGGAGGAGGUGAAAGGGAAGCCAAACGAGGAAGAGGAUAGUGACGUUCCUACAGCCCAGAGGAAGAGGUUCACCAGGGUAGAGAUGGCUAGAGUCCUCAUGGAGAGGAACCAGUACAAGGAGAGACUGAUGGAAUUACAGGAGGCUGUUAGGUGGACAGAGAUGAUCAGAGCCUCCAGAGAAAACCCUUCCCUUACUGAGAAGAAGAAAUCCAGCAUCUGGCAAUUUUUCAGCCGUCUCUUUAGCCCCUCCUCCACCAGCACGGCAGUGAUGAAGAAGGCGGAGUCCCAUGGGAGGGAGGUGAAGUACAUGCCCCCUGCAGGAGGGGGAAUGAAGAAGAGGAGCAGCACCUUCUCCCAGUUCCCCACCGAGAAGUCCAAGGCCUUCGACUUCCUCAACGAGGAAAUGGACCCGUGCGCCUCUCCGUCCCGUAGGGAGCAAAAAAGGGCCCAGUACAGACAGGUCAAAGCCCACAUGCAGAAGGAGGAUGGACAGGUACAGGCCCAUGGAUGGAGUCUACCCAGCAAAUCUAAGGUAGUGAACGGGGGCCCAACAGAGAACAAAGAGAAGAAUCUACCUGUGCCAGUCUACCUGAGGCCCCUGGACCAGAAAGAUGCUUCUAUGAAGCUGUGGUGUGCUGCGGGUGUGAACCUGUCAGGAGGGACGAUCAGAGAGGGAGGGUCCAUGUUGGAAGGACAGAGCAGGAAGGGCUCUGUGAGCAGCCUGGACCAUUUAGAGACAGAGAACAAGGCAUGUGAGAGGAAGAGUCCUGGUUGCCUUGGCGGACGGCACGUUGGCUAUAUUCCACAGAGGCCUCGAUGGACAGUGGGAUCUGACCAACUACCACCUACUAGACCUGGGCCGGCCGCACCACUCUAUCCGCUGUAUGACAGUGGUGCAUGACAAGGUGUGGUGUGGCUACAGGAACAAGAUCUACGUCAUCCAACCCAAGGCCAUGAGGAUAGAGAAGUUGUUUGACGCCCACCCCCGGAAGGAGAGUCAGGUGCGUCAGCUGGCCUGGGUGGGAGAUGGGAUCUGGGUAUCCAUCCGCCUGGACUCCACCCUCAGACUGUUCCACGCCCACACCUACCAGCACCUCCAGGACGUCGACAUAGAGCCCUACGUCUCCAAGAUGCUGGGUACGGGUAAACUGGGCUUCUCCUUCGUCAGGAUCACAGCCCUCAUGAUAUCCUGUAGCCGUCUGUGGGUCGGAACAGGAAAUGGUGUCAUCAUCUCCAUCCCGCUGUCAGAAGCUAUAGGUCCUCCUCAGCAUGGAGUCUUACUGAGGGGCCUCAGGGCCAACAAGACAGCGGGUGCAGUGCCAAAUCGCCCUGGCGGUGCAGUACGGGUGUUCAGUGAGGAGGGCACGGAGAGCACUUUGCCAGGCAGCUUCGUGCCCUACUGUUCCAUGGCACAGGCACAGCUGUGUUUCCACGGACACAGAGACGCAGUCAAGUUCUUUGCAGCCGUCCCAGGUCAGGUGAUCCCGUCCCCCGGACCCGGAGGGGAUUCUGGGUCGGAUGACCCCGCCUCUGAGUCGUCUGACAUGGCGACCUCUGAACCUGCCAAAACCUUCCUGGUCAUGAGUGGAGGAGAAGGCUACAUCGACUUCAGAAUGGGUGAUGAUGUAGGAGAGGUGGAUGGCAGCCUAUCGGAGCCCACCAUGAAGCAGGCCACCCCCGCCAAACCAGAACGCAGCCACAUCAUCGUCUGGCAAGUCACUUCCUGCCAGGAGUGAGCCGAUCACAGACUGCCACAUCACUACUCGGUCGCACAACCCCCCGCAUGCCCCUCCCUUAGGUUUUAAGUUGUUAUUAUUGAUAUUAUUAUUACUACUGUGGAUGACUACAUUGUUGCUAAGGAUUCUUUUAGUGUCUGUUUUAAAUGUAUCCAUACAUUUGGGGCCCUAAUGUUUGCCAGGCAAGGUUAAAGGGAAGUAGUGAAGUCAACUCCUGAUAAGUGCACAUGGGAUAGAUAAGUACACUCUUUUUAAGUGCAGUGCACUUCACCGGGCCCUUUUCAAAGCGUUGUUUUCACUUGCUCCAGAUAUCUGCAGCACAUUCUAGAAGUCGAUGCGGUAUAAAUGCAGCUCAGUGUUUUAAAGUAACUGUCCAGUGAAAAUCUCACUUUUAGAAUUUUGUAUUCUGUUAACUCAUACUCAAAUAAUAUUGUUGACUCUUCAAAACCCCCACCUCAAACUUGUAUCUCAAGCAGACCGUUUCAAAAAUGCUUGCUAUUUCCUCAUUGAGGAUGAUGGCAUCCUCCUGAAGAGGAUGAGCUGGCCAAUCAGCGGUCUACUCACAUAAAUAUUUUUAAUGACCGGUAUAUGCCCACACCAUUCUAUUGUUGGGGUAAGCCCACACCAUUCCAUAGAAUAGCAGCUUUCUUUUUACAUAUUAACAUUUUUAAAACUAGGAAAAUUAUGUCACUCAUAUUGUCAUUAAUUAUAGGUCAUAUUUCAUUGAAAUCUGGAAACACUGGACAGUUACUAUAAAGGGACAGGCUUAUAUUAUGCCAGGUUAUUACAUAUGUACUGUACCACCAUGUGUAGGUGCUACGUACUUCCCAUAGUUCAAUAAGGGUCAAAUAACGUCAUUUUCCUGUGAGGCAAACUUCUUAUAUGAUAUUUACUACACAUAUAAUAAUGGCACAGGAUGAACAAAUAAUUAAAAUAACAGUACAGUCAACAAAGAUGAGGAACUGCAUUAUAUUGAUUUAAGAUUACAUUAAAUAAGGGAACAUCAGUAUUGUAUGUUUAGAAACAGAAGACAAAAGGGAAUGGUUAAGUGGUUUUGCACUGAAUUGAUAUCUUAUUUUGUAAAGUUACGAUAUGGGACCGUAUAUGUGUGGGUUCACUGUCACCUUUACCGUGUCGAGCAUUUUAGAUUGUAACCUUUGAACAAAACAGAUUUAUUUUUGCUACCUGUGUGGUGUUGGUAAUGUGAGCAAUGUUUGAGCACCUAUGUGUGUAGAAAGGACUGUGAGAUGUAAUGUAGGGCCCUGUUCCAAUACUUUAAAAAGCCUUUCUUAUUUCCUCACUUUCUUGAAGUAAUCGGGGAGAAAAGAUCCAUUUUGAAGUACUGUAACGGUGCUGAAGUUAGUAUCAGCCUGCUUGGGGAAGUCUUGUACUCUAUCUCCGUCCAAAUGUCUGCUUGCUCUACCAUUUUGGGCCAAACUCUCUGUUCCGCCAUUUUGGGGAAAUGUGCUCCUGCUGCAAUUUAGGGUCUUCCCUCAUGUUAGAGCUCCCUGGCACUUUUAAACAUAAUGUAGGCCGCUUGAAGUAGAACACCCGUCCGUGGUAAUGUGCACUUAUACUAAACAUGUGCUAACUAUUUUAGGGGAAAAGGGUGUAACGGACUAUUUAUUUCUGUCAAGGUGUACCCAGUUACCAAAGGACAAAAAAAUGAAGUAUGAAAAGAAUAUUAAAUGUCAUUCGUAUCUAACAUUAUCCAUUUGCAUCUUCUCUGGGGGUUUAAGUAAAGUCAUAAUAGCAAUGAUUUGAUGAUGAAUAUAUAUUUUUUAAGGUUUCAUCUCUGAAAAAUUGUAUAUUUCACAGGGAAUUUAUUAAUGAACGUAAGUGUUUACGUUGCACCUUAAAAAUCAUUGUCCACACAGAACUAAGUUUGCUUUGUGUUUCAUUUGUUUUUGUGUUUUUACAAAUGCAUUCAAAUAACUUUUUUUACUUUUGAUUUUGUGCUCUUUGUACUUGUUGUCUGUGAGACACUUCUAUAAAUGAAUCUGUAUUUUGAUGGUGUCUGUAACCUGAAAGCAGAAAAACCAAUAGACAAGUGUUUCAUUUUUAUAUAUUUGAAGAAAAGAAACUGGGUUGGGAUUGGUUAGGCCUCGGCCUAUUUAUUUUCCGAUUCAGAAGAAAUCACGUCCAUAUCGUGUUGUAGCCAUUCCAGUAUUUAUUUUUCUUAUUGAGCCUCGGUGGUUCAGAAUGUAACUUUCUACAUGGAAAACAUAAUAGGAGAAUAUUCAAAGUGAUCAGUGAUAAUGGUGCCAUAAAAUGAAACCGUGGCCAAUAGAAAAUGGAAAAUACACAAGGAUCAAAGCUAAACAGUAACGUCUGUGGACUGAUCAGGAGAACUACACAUUCAUGGUACUAAGCUAUGCAUGUUUUUUUUAAAGAACACUGCUAUGUAUUGGUUGGUUCAAAUCCCUGUUAACUGCCACCGUUUUGGGUGGGUGGAUGUCUGCAUGUGUGUGUGGCUUGCAUUUGAGUGUGUGUGUGUGUGUGUGUGUGUGUGUGUGUGUGUGUGUGUGUGUGUGUGUGUGUGUGUAUCUCCAGUACCCCAGAGGAUGGUCUGUAGUAUGUACCAGGCCUUUCUCUGGGCCCCUAAAGCCGUAUGGCCAUAACUGUGGUUUCUCCUGGUAAAUGUUUGCUAAAACAGCAUCAUAGCCUUAUUUUUAACAAUCUAUUAAACUCAAUUUCAUGGGGAAUUCA